CGCAAAACUCGGCGUCCGUUUCUUAGCAACCAGUGUUAACAGAGGAUCUUGAACCCUCGAAAGACCCAGAACUGCUGGACUUGAUAAACCAGCGAAUCAGCGAGCGCCGGACGCAGAGCAGACGGACCUCAUGACCCAGGGCACUCACUGAACCGCAGCACACGCUUCUUACCCCCCCCCAACGUCCACUUCAUCGGAGUUACAGGAUGGGGAAGAAAGUGAGGAAAGAGCCUGAGACUCCCUCCAAAGAAACAUUUGACCCUCUGUCAAUCGAGAGCAAGAAGGCAGCCACCGUUAUCCUGAUGCUGAGCUCCACUGAAGAGGAAGUCUUGGCCAAAGCAUGUGAAGCCAUCCUGAGAUACGCAGAAAAAGGUGAUGAAAACAAGAGCUCCUUGGUGGGGCUGGGAGUUAUGGAACCUUUAUGCCAUCUGUUAUCUCACGGGGACAGUCUAGUGAGCAGGAAUGCUGUUAUGGCCUUGGGGGUUAUGGCAUCUAACAAUGAUGUUAAAGGAGUUUUGAAGAAAAUGGAUAUCAUACCUUCAGUUAUCAGCAAAUUGUCACCAGACGGGGAUGUUGUUGUCCAUGAAUUUGCCACCUUGUGUCUGGCCGCCCUAUCCACUGAAUUUACCAACAAGAUCCGAAUCUGUGACAACAAUGGAUUGGAUCCACUAAUCAAUCUCCUGUCAAGCCCAGAUCCUGAUGUGCAGAAGAAUUCUCUAGAAUGCAUUUAUAACCUUGUUCAGGACCUCCCGAACUGCACAGCCGUGUGCAGACUUCAUGGCAUCCCACCCCUGCUACACCUCCUGCACUCCGAGUUCCCCGUCAUCCAGCAGCUAGUCCUCUGCACGCUGGAGAGGGUCACCUCCGAUGCAGAGGCGCGUUCCGCCCUCCGGGGGGAGCAGGGCUUCCACCAGCUGCUGGAGCUUCUGUCAUCCAGAGAGCACAGUGACCUGCACGCUGAGGCCUUGAGGGUGAUCUCCAACUGCUUGGAGGAUGCUGGUUCCUUGCCAUUCCUUCAGGAAUCUGGGAAGCUGGACCAGCUUCUGCAGUUUCUGGCCUCUCCUGCUUCCCCGGAGGUGCUGAACGCGGCGGCCAAGGCUGUUUCCAGGAUGGCCAGGAGUGGUGAGAACCGGAAACUCCUGCAUGAACACGAUGUGGAAAGUGCUCUCGUUAACCUCCUGGCCACGGAUAAUGACCACGUGCGGGCUACCGCCUGCCAGGCAAUGACAGGCAUGAGUGAGAAUGAUGCCAGCAAAGACAAGUUCAGGCAAUUGGAUGUGAUCCGGGCCAUAGUCCCGCUCCUGGCCAAUGAGAGUGGAGAGCUGAGGGAGGCUGCUGCCCAGACUUUGUCCAGACUGACCAAUGGCAGCCCACCCAACUCUCAGGCGGUGUAUGAGGCAGAGGGGGUAGGGCCUCUGGUGCACCUGCUGCAGGACCCUCGGUCUGGGGCCAUGGCUCAUGCGGCGGCUGUCCUGGCCAACAUGGCGGCCCAGGAGCCUCUACGGCGCAGCAUCCUGGCCCGUUUUGGCAUGCGGUGCCUGGUGGGGCCCCUGCAGGCGGCUGAUGCUCACACGCUCACCAGCGCAGCCCUGGCGGUGUCUGCUCUGGCGUGUGAUGCUGACGGCAGGAAGGAGUUUAGGAACGCGGGUGGCCUAGCCCCUCUGGUCAAACUGCUGAGCUCCAAAGACAGUGAGAUCCGUCGCAAUGCAUGCUGGGCUGUUCGUGUGUGUGCCAACGAUGAGCCUACAGCCACUGAGAUGUACAAGCUGGGAGCCCUAGAAAUCCUACAGGACAUUAACAUGUCAGCAAACAGCAGGAAUAGAUUCAGUGAAGCUGCAUUUCAGCAGCUGUUGGACAGCAACCUGUCAGUCAAGUACAGCCUGGGCGGUCAGCUGACGUCGUCUGACAUCACCGGCGAUGGAUUUUAUGAUCCCGGACAGGCGCGGCCUGGUCAACGGGUUCUUCCUCUGGAGGAUCUGGCCAGACAGCAUGUCAACCAGCACCGGCCAGUCAUCGCGGUUAAUGGAAAACCAGACUACCUGAUAUCCACUGAGUCCUCCGACAAUAAACUGCAAGAUGUCCCAAGCCCUUCCUGUUCCUCGACCGUCCUGAACAAGAGCGGUGUGAGAUCCCCCAGUAAGGUAAGGAGCAAGGUCAGGAGAGAGGAGGACAGGCGGAAGGAUAAGGAUGAGAGUGGACCUCAGCCUGAUACUUCGGGGGUGAAGCCGUGGACCCAGCAGUGUGACGCUGAUCUCCAUGGCCUGGUCCUGGAGGCCAGCAGGACUGUUUCGCCUCUACGUGAUGAGAGGGACCGCUGUGCCACUCUAGCCAAGUUGGUGAGCGACGCCAUGGGUGGCACUGUGGCCCGGGACGAGCUGGACCGCUUCAUGUGGGAGAUACAUCUCAGCGAGCUGAAGCUUCAGCUCCAGUCCAACGUCAUCCCCAUUGGGAGGAUCAAAAAAGGGACGUUCUCCCACCGAGCCCUGCUGUUCAAGGUGCUAGCUGACGGGAUCGGGCUGAGCUGCAGCCUGGAACGUGGGGAGUACAACCGGGCCUGGAACAAGGUCCGACUGACUGAGGGUCCCCCCGAUAUCCAUGGAUGCUACUGCCGACCCCGGACCUACAUAGUGGACCUCAUGCACUCCCCAGGUGUCCUCAUGAGGAGCGAUUCACCGGAAGCCAUCCGAUACCAGACCAUCUGACGAGCAUCAAGACAUCACCCACCACACUUAGUAUGCGUUCAUUGUCCUUCAGUGUUCGGAGGAACGUAUUCGGUUAUGGAUGACACUGCUGUUUACAUCUGAAUUCACAUGCAACUUUUUGGAUUCAUAAUAUUUGUGGCAUCGAACAAUACACUGCAGCGUUUACAGAUGCUUUAGGUCAGGAGAUUCGCGUUUGCUAUAGCAGAUGUCGAUUUCAAAACUUCCACUGUGAUUUCCAAAAAAUACACUUGUGUGGCUCCAUUUUUCUGGACUUUUAAGUAAAUCAAAAGUGAUCUUUUGUAAACGUAAUCUAAUGACAAGAUCUAUUCAUUAUGUAUUCAUGAGUGAUUUAAAUAUAUUUAAAGAAUAAAAGAA